AUGAAGAUAGCAAUCACAGGAGCCCGCGGAACUGUAGGACGCACCACGGUCAAGGUGUGCGCGGAUGCCGGACACGCCACCGUCCAGGUGAACCGAACCGAGCAGCCCCCCGGCGCCAUUCCCAAUACCGAGAUGCGCACAGCCGAUGUGGCCAUGAACUACCAGCAAACCGUCGAGGCCUUCCGCGGCUGCGACGCAGUCAUCCACCUGGCCGCGAUCCCCAACCCGGUCGGCAAGGACGAGUACGCCGUGCAUAACAACAACGUCGACUCGGCGUUCAACGGCUUCCGAGCCGCCGCGGAGGUCGGGAUCAAGCGGUUCUGCUACGCCUCGUCGGUCAAUGCGAUCGGUCUUGCCUUUUCCAACCGACCGCUCCACUUCGACUACUUCCCUAUCGACGAAGAAGCCCCCCAGCAUCCGACGGACGCGUACGCCCUGGCGAAACGCGAGGCGGAGAUCCAGGCUCAAGCCUUCGCGGAGUGGUUCCCCGGAAUGAAGAUCGCGUGCCUGCGGAUCCACGAGGUGUCCUCGCUGGAACGGGUACAAAAGGUCCACGCGAAUGACUGGGAGAAUGCCGGGGUGAAGCAGCUCUGGGGGUGGGUGAAUCCCGUGGCGACCGCGCGGGCGUGCUUGCUGGCCGUGGAGAAAUGUGAUAACUGGGAGGGGUGUGAGGUUUUCAAUAUCGUGGCCCCGACGACUACGCAGGAUCUACCGUCCGAAAAGCUGGCGCGAAAGCACUAUCCUGACGCGGAGAUCCGAGCUGAUAUGUCGGGUAAUCAGGGAUUCUGGACCACGGAUAAGGCAAAGCAAUUGAUGGGGUGGGAGCAUUAUGAGACGGAGUAG